UUUUUUAUUUUUUGGUUUCAAACAUGCUUUCCUCGUUCCUGCUUACUUGGGUUUUAUAUUAUCGGAGCGACGAGAACGUAAAACAGCAUAUCUGCUGUCCCUCCUUGCUUUUCGGUCUUCAUCGUCUAUAAAUUGCUUACAAAAUGUGAUUCUUAGGGGAACUUAAGAGAAUCAAUGUUGUUCUGUUCAUGGUUUCUUCCAGUUGCGCAUGACUUCAUCCUCUUUGUAUCUGAGGAACAUGAUUUUUUCGUCAACCUCAGCAUAACCUUUUGGGUUUCAAAGAGGUUUUCGGCCUUCAAGGUUAUCUAUGGAAUGACCAUACUGACCGUCAGUUUUUUUAUUAUAAAUUUAUUACAUUGGCUGAGCUUAAAAGUAAGUGAUCGGCCCCUACGGUUUACUUCGGCUUCGUUCCUAGGAUGGUCAAUUUUAGGGAGCCGGAUAUUGAGAAGAGUUAGCUAAACAGCUGAUCGAAGGUAGAAAGCCUGACUCAAGAUGGCAUAAAUGCUCUGCAUGCUACAAGCAAUAUAAGAAGAAAGAGCAUCUUAUUGAGCAUAUGAAAGUUUCAUAUCACUCGAUUCAUCAGCCUAGAUGUGGGGUUUGUGGAAAGCACUGCAAAUCAUUUGAAUCACUGAGGGAACAUCUGCAGGGUCCUCUUUCAAAAUCAAAUUGUUCAAAAAUUUUCAUAGAGCAAGGCUGUGGGCUUUGUUUGAGAGUACUUGAUGGCCGCAGAUCUCUCAAUGAGCACCGUGACAUUUGCUGCCUAACAGCACCCGUUCACCAAGGAACAAGUCUAUUGCCAACUGAUUUAUCAGAUUGUUAUGAUGAAGAUCGUUCUGAUCGAGUCCUUGGAGCAAUAGCUAUGGAUUGUGUCAUGGCUGGCGGUGGAAGUGAUGGCACAUUGGACCUUUGCGUUGGGGUGUGCCUUGUUGAUGAAGAAGAGAAAUUGAUUUUCAAUACUUUCGUACGACCACAAAUACCAAUCACAAAUUACAGGCAUGAAGUAACUGGGCUAACGGAAGAACAUAUGAGGUAUGCCAUGCCUUUGAAAGAAGUCCAAGAAAAAGUACUACGAAUCUUGAUAAAUGGAGAGUCCAUUGGGAGAUUGAGAUUAAAUGGUGGUAGAGCUAGGCUUCUUGUCGGCCAUGAUUUGGAGCAUGAUUUAGAUUGCUUGAGAAUGAAUUAUCCUGAUCAUAUGUUAAGGGACACUGCAAGAUAUCAUCCAUUGAUGAAGACGAAUUUGGUUAGCCAUUCCCUCAAGUACCUUACUCGAACAUAUUUGGGGUAUGAUAUUCAGCAGGGUGUGCAUGAUCCGUAUGAAAAUUGUGUAUCAGUGAUGCGGUUGUACAAGAGAAUGCGUAAUCUUGAUCAUCAUGGACAAGUUAUGAUACCAACGGUUGCUCCUCAUGCUCAGUAUGUUGCUCACAAUCUUGAUUCCCAUAGUGUGAAAGAUCUUGAGAAGAUGACUCCAGAUAAACUUUAUGAGAUGUCCAGGUCAAACUUUAAGUGUUGGUGUCUUGAUUCACGGCGAGUAAUGCAGACUUAGGAACUGAUCGUUUUCAUUUUCUGCCGGGGAAGGAUAGAACCUCAUUGCAGUGUUGGCAAUUUGUAUAGACAGGGUGAUUUUACUGGGGAGAGAUGAGAUUGUUGGUUGAAACGUUCGAUAACCUGUUUUUUUUUGUAUGUAUUCACCCUUCUACGACUUAAAAUUAUUCAAAUGUACCUCUCAAGCCAAAGUGAUGUUUGAUUAAA